AUGCCCGAUCGCGCCGGGUCCCCCCCUCUCGCCGCCGCCGGGACACCGAGCCGGGACGGAGCCGCCGGGACGCCGCGGACGAGGGGCUGCAUGGCCGGGGGGGGCUGUGGGGGCCGCCCCGUCCUCCGCGGGGCACCCCCCGGCGCUGGGUGCCGGCGGCCGUGGCGGCUCCUGCUCCUGGCCUGGCUCAGCCUGGUUGGCACGGCACAGGACCCAGCCCUGGGCACACCAGCAAGGGUCCCCGAGGCCCCAGCCCCUGCUCGGCCCCGCUGGCAGCCGGCCCGGGGGACCUGGGGGUCCUGGGGCCCCUGGAGCCCCUGGAGCUCCUGCUCCAGCUCCUGCGGGGACGGGGUCGCCCUUCGCACCCGGAGGUGCCAGCGGACCCCCGGGGAGGAGCCGUGCACGGGGGACCUGCGGCAGUACCGGCUCUGCCAGCUCCAGGGCUGUCCCAGCGGCUCCGUGCCCUUCCGGGCCAUGCAGUGCUCCCUCUACGACAACAAGCCCGUCCUGGGCACCUCCGCCCGGUACCGCUGGGUUCCCUUCCACGGAGCCCCCAACCUCUGCGACCUCAACUGCCUGGCCGAGGGGCACAACUUCUACUACAGCUUCGGGCGGGUGCUGGACGGGACCCGCUGCGGCCCCGGCUCCCCGGACCUGUGUGUUGGUGGGCGCUGCCUGAGCGUGGGCUGUGACGGGAUCCUGGGCUCGGGCCCCCGCCCCGACGCCUGCGGCCACUGCGGCAGCGGCUCCUGCGUCUUCGUGCACCGGCUGUUCCAGGGCUCGGACCCCUCCUCCGGAUAUUUUGGGUACAUGAAUGUGACCAAGAUCCCGGCUGGGGCCACCCACAUCAAAGUGACGGACAAGAGCCGCAACUACCUGGCGCUGAUGAUGAGUGACGGGCGUUAUGUGCUCAACGGGGACUGGGCCAUCGCCUGGCCGGGGCCCUACGAGGCCGCCGGCACCCGCCUCACCUACACCCGCACCCCCGACGGCACCGAGAGCCUGGAGGCACCCGGGCCCACCGACCAGGACCUGCACGUGAUGGUCCUGCUGCAGGAGCCCAACCCUGGCAUCGAGUACGAGUUCUGGCUGCCCCACGGGCACCCCCAGCCCGGCCAUGGGGACACCAGCCCCCUGCGGCAGCCCCAGCCCCGGGGGGCCGGCAGCCCCCCGCCCCAGGAGCCCCCGCUCACCCCGGCCCCUGCACGGCCCCCCCAGCCCGGGGGCUCUGCCACGGAGCCGCCGCCGAGGAGCCCCCCAGGCUGGAGCCAGGAUGGGGGUGCUGCAGGGCGAUGCGGGAGGUGCCGCCCGGCCAAGGGACGUUCCCAGCGCAUCCGGCACUUCUGCCAGAGCGACUUCGUGUUCCACGGGCGGAUCCUGGCGCAGCGCUUGGUGGGGCGGGAGACGCGCUACGAGGUGGAGGUGAAGGCGCCGUACCGGCAGCGCUCGCCGCUGGUGUCCCGGGAAUACCUGUGGGUGCCCAACACCUGCGGGUGCCCCCCGCUGCGGGAGGGCGGCGAGUACGUGCUGAUGGCGCGGCGGCACGUGAACCACGAGCACACCCUGAACCGCAUCCUGCUGCAGGACGGCGGCUACGCCCGGCCCUGGACGCCCCGCGAGGCCCGGCUGGUGCGGGAGGCGGCGCGGCACUGCCCCCAGCCCCGGCCCCCCUGAGCCCCCCCCGGCCCCAGCGCCCCCCGGGACGGGACCCCGAGGGCGAGCCCGGUGCUCCUGCCGUGCACCGACCCCUCCCCUGGCU